GGAGAAUUUGGUCAGUCCGAAACUUGUCAGUCAAGCCAAUCCCCUGCGGCUUUGCUUGUAUUUUGAAUUAGAUUUUGAGAUUUCUUGGAGAUCUGCGUCUGAUUUUUGCCCAAACUUUGAAAAUAAUUUGGCAUCAUUCCUGAAAAUGCAGUGGUUUGCGUUACCGUUGCUUUUCGUGAGCGGCUCGUUGGCUCAGCUGACAGGUUGGGGUGACUGUCCUACGGUGACCAGUAUGACAGAUUUUGUGCCGGCUUCGUAUAUGGGACUUUGGUACGAGUCCAACAGAACCGCCGCUAUCUUUGAAGUAGGCGCACGAUGUGUCACUGCGACUUAUACGCUGAACUCUAACGGCACAGUCACAGUCGAGAACAGUGCAAAAUCAGUUCUCCUGGGAAGUUCUUCAAUCACAGGUCUAGCCACGAUCGUGGGUGAUUCGGAUAAUGGCAUUCUGUCCGUCAAAUUUUCGUCUCUACCGUUCGUCGCGCCAUACCAAGUCCUCGACACCGACUACACAAAUUGGGCCUCUGUGUUCAGCUGUACGAAGUUUGGACUUAUCAACCUCCAAUUCUAUUGGGUCUUGACUCGGGAUCAAAGCCCCUCAACAGAAAUAUUGGAUGAAGCUUUUGCAGUUUAUACGACCAACGGUUUGAAGACGAAGUAUUUGUCUCAAACGAAUCAAACGGGUUGUUAGAAUUAGUAAUCACGAUGAUUAUCGCAAAACAACUUCAUCAAAAUACUAUUUACUAUGUCUAAUCCAGAGUGUAACUGUUACUCUUAAGGUGUGUUACUUUUCUUAAUAAUUAGCACAAGUGAUCUUACUACACAUGUAGCGAUUUCGGUGGAUAAUAUAAAAUGAAUAGACCGUUUUUGUCUCUUGAGCACCCGAUGUAAGAAUGUGUGUAGCUGAAUGUUCACAUGUUAGACUCUUAAUGAUAUGCACAUCCGCAUAUCAUUUAUUAGACGGCUUUGGCCGUCUUGCGUGGCUUCCCAUCGGAAGCGUAAAAGUCCAACAUGUAAACAUUCAGCUACACACAUUCUUACAUCGGGUGCUCAAGAGACGAAAACGUUCUAUUCACACAUACCAAGCACAAGAAAACAAACUUGAACUCAUUGGUGAAGAGAGAAGUUAACGACAACAGAGUCAAGCAUCUCUAGACGUCAGGUUCGAUUCCUGGCUCCGUCGUUAAUUUUUCGAAAUCACCAGUUUUUCGAAUUUAUAUCUCCCGAUAAUACAAAAUCAUUGGGGUUGUUGUACAUGCGGUCUUGAAUUUCAUUUCUACUCAUACCAGCUCGUCAUAGAAGUUUGGAAACUUACUGAUCAGUGAAAAGAGCUAUUUAUGUGUCAUAAUUUUGAAGAUUCAAAGAUUGUGAAAAUUGUUAGUUAGUCGACAGACGAACGGCUAAAUGGUUCGAAUUUUACAAACAAGCUGUAAAUAGAAACGAUAUCCAACGCAAGACUCCCAAAUACAGGAUGGCCAGUUCUAUAAGACUAACUUUCACAAAGUUUCAACGUGUACGAAAUUAGUAAUAAAUAUUUCAAAAAAUUAAA